AUGUUCCCACGAACUGCAGAGCGAGAUGUAGACGCCACUCUCAUAUCGUUAAUAAGCGAAUCUAUCAUAUUACUAAAAGACCAAAUGAAAAAAUACUUUCCUAGCAUAAAUAUUGAAACCUAUGACUGGGUGCGAAACCCAUUUAGUGUGGCAGUUGACGAGGUCAUUGGUCUGACAUUCGCUGAAGAAGACAAUCUUGUUUCACUGAAAAAUGAUAGAACAUUAAUGUUGAAAUUUAAAGAAACGGCCCUCAACAAAUUUUGGAUUUAUGCUCAAGCAGAAUUUCCUGAAAUAUCAAUAAAAGCAAUAAAAAUUUUACUACCAUUCUUCACAUCGUACUUAUGCGAACAAGGAUUCUCAGUAGUCACAACAAUAAAAAGUAAAAAAAGAGAACGACUUCAAUCUGUUGAAGAAGAGCUAAGAGUCAGCUUGUCUACCAUUCGCCCUCGAAUAAAACAUUUAUGCACAAAACGACAGGCACAAAUGUCUCAUUAA